AUGCCUUCCAAGAGACAGGACAGCAUCACCGACAGCCUCUUCAACUGGUUUGGAUAUGGCGGCUCAGCUACAGAACAGAAGCAGGAGAAGCAAGCCAUGCGAGCACUACCUGCAAACUGGUAUCAGUCAGAUGAGAUGUACCAGCUUGAACGACGGUCAAUCUUUUCGAGGAAGUGGCAGCUCAUCACACACAAGUGCCGCCUCCCCAAGCCAGGAGACUGGCUCAAAUUUGAGAUUGCCAACUUCUCUUUCGUCAUCACACACGACCGCGCUGGCAACUUCAACGCCUUCCACAACGUCUGUCGGCAUCGAGCCUUCCCUGUCGUCACGGAAGGAUCAGGAUCAUCUAGGAUCUUCUCCUGCAAAUACCACGGCUGGUCAUAUGGCCUUAACGGCAAGCUGGCCAAGGCACCUGGGUACCAAGAACUCGAAGGCUUCGACAAGGAGAAGAACAGCCUCAUGCCAAUCCACCUCCACGUCGACCGCAAUGGCUUCAUGUACGUCAACCUCGACGCCAAGGAGACCCCUGAGAUCGCGUGGGAAGACGACUUGAUCGGCAUGGAUACUCAGGAGCGAUACAACGAUUUCAACUUUGAGGAUUAUCAGUUUGACCACUUCUGGGAGAUGGAAGGCAACUACAAUUGGAAGAUUCUCGCGGACAACUACAACGAAUGCUAUCACUGCGCUACCUCACACCCGGAUAUCGGCGCCGUGGCGAAUUUGCAAUCAUACUCUGUCGACACUGCACGCGGACAGAUUGUGCAUAAUCCAGCGACGACGCAGGAACAGCGUGAUGCUGGGCUCGUGGUGGCGAGUACAUACUACUUCCCCAACGUCUCUACAAACAUCACCCCCCACUUCUUCAUGAUCCAACGCUUCGUCCCCUCCUCCUCCUCCAAAUCCUCCAUGCAAUACCAAGUCUUCCGCAACAAACACUCCACCGACGAACAAUUCGACCUCGUCUCCCAAAUCUACAAACGCGUCAUGUCCGAAGACAAAUACCUCUGCAACCUCGCCCAACAAAACAUCAACGCGGGCGUCUUCACGAACGGUGAACUCCACCCGCGCCUCGAGAAGGGACCCCUUUAUUUCCAGUCCAAUGUGAGGGAUACUGUGAUGGAGCAUUUUGAGAAGGAGAAGAGGGCGAGGAAGGAAAUCUGGCCGGCGAGGCCCGAGUUGCCGAGCACGGGGAAUGCGAAGGUUAGUAAGGCGGAUAUUGAGUUUUGUUCCGGGCUUAGUUGUGCGAGUCCGCCGAAGGCGUUGGAUUGGUGA